UGCUAUUUAGAAGGGGGCUUCUUCGCUUCGAUCGUGUCAUCCAAAUUCUAAACUAACGAGUAUCUCCCCCUCUCCAAGUGCAGAAAUGGCGGGGCCAACGGCCCUAGUCUGUUGAAAUUAAAUACCACCGGAGCCCUAAUUUUCGAAUCUCACUCAGUUCAUCUAACGCAUCUCCAGGAGUUUUCCGCCAUGGCUUUUCGUCGAUUGGCUUCUCUGUUUCUUCUGUCAUAUCUCUUCCUCUUUGGCUCUCUAUUUUCUUAUUGUUCAGCUGCCAGGGUUUCAUCUUCUGCUUCUGGUAAAGUAUCGCUGGCUCUGUACUACGAAACCCUGUGUCCCUACUGCUCGAGUUUCAUAGUUAAACAUCUGGCCAAUGUUUUCGAGAAAGGACUUAUCAAGAUCGUCGACCUCAAGCUCGUCCCUUACGGAAAUGCUAAAGUCGGAUCCAAUAACACCAUCACCUGCCAGCAUGGCUCAUACGAAUGCUUACUGAACACCGUCGAAGCCUGUGCGAUCAAUGUCUGGCCGGAUCUGAAUAAGCAUUUCACAUUCAUUUAUUGCAUUGAGCAUCUAGUCACACAGGGGAAGUACAAUGAAUGGGAAUCCUGUUUUGGAAAAAUGGGGCUGGAUCCAAAACCUAUUGCAGAUUGCUAUAAUGAUGGAUAUGGAAAAGAGCUUGAAUUACGAUAUGCCGCAGAAACUGAUGCUCUUCAGCCUCCUCAUAAAUAUGUGCCUUGGGUGGUUGUGGAUGGACAACCACUUUAUGAGGAUUAUGAGAACUAUAUAACCUAUGUAUGCAAGGCAUAUAAAGGUUCUGCUGUUCCCAAGGCUUGCUUGGCACGGUCUCAUGAGAUCAUUGUAAUGGGGAAAGAAGACCCGGCCCCUCGAGUUUGCGAGGCAGAAGAUACAACAAAAAGAGCUUGGGCAGAAGUAGGCCCAGGGAGGCGCCAGAUGGAAAGUACAGCAUAAAAAGUUAUGGGGUUCCGCAUCAUCAUUUAGUUGAUCCGUCGUACUCAUAGUAAGAAGCUGCAUGUAUACAAAUUACAAACUGGAGUAUGUGGUGUUGAAGAAUGGUGUGGUGGUAUAGAUUGUAGUGGCAUUAGUAAUAUAUUGCUUGGUCAUGGUGUGUGAACAGAGUCAAAAUGAUCUUGCAUUGACACGGUUAAAAUAAUGGCUUAUUAAAUUUAUAGUUAUGAAAAAAUUACAAUUGUCUGUUCCUUGAAAA